AUGUGCCACGUGGCAAAGAAGCGAGGUUUUGUUGAUGGAGACGAGGGAAAGGGGAAAAACGGAAAGGGGGGGAAGGGGAAAAAAAGAGAGAUGGGGAAGGGGAAAAGUGGAAAUGAGGGAAAGGUGAUAAGAGGAGGCGAGGGAAAGGGGAGAAGAGGAGAUGGGGAGAAGAGGAACGAAGCAGAUGAAAGGAAGGGGGGUGAGGGGCAGGGCCAGGCAGGUGGUGCGGGCGAUGGGAGAAAAGCGAGUGAAGGAUUAGUGGGUGCGGAAGUCGAGGGCGCCGAUGAGACGAGGCUGCACAGCCGGCGGAGGAGGAGGGGGAGGCCGCGGAAAGUGGGGCCUGGGCUAGAUGCUGCCAUCCCGUCUGCCGGUGCUGGCAGGGAAGCGAUUGGGCGUGCUGGUGGCAGCGACGGCAGUGCUGUGUGGAGCGAUGGCGGUGUGAGGGAGCAGCAGCAGGAUGAGAUGGGUGGUGCUUCCGAGUUGGAGGAGGUCCACCAUGGCCUCAGCAGCACUGCACGCUCUCAUGAUGGUAUCGCUGCCCUUAACACCUUCUCCUCCACCCUCACACCCAACCCCACCGCCAACCCCACCCCCAUCGCCAUUCCCGCCUCCUCGCCGCCCCCAUCUCUACAUGUGCAGUUCCAAGACCUCUACUCCUCCCACCUCGCGCACAUCGCGCCGCCCUUCGCCUCGCACCGGGCCACGAGGGACAACGCCAUGGCGCUGCUCGCCCUGCAUCCCUCACCCCACACCGUCGCUGCCAUCUUCCGCGCCUGCUCCCCGCUCUUCCUCGUGCCCCUCACCCACCGCAUUCGGGCAGCUCUUGAGAUCUUUUCUGCCCACGGGCUGCCCGAGUCGCUGUUUCUGAGUGUUAUCCGGCGGGUGCCCGAGCUGAUUCUGGAUGCCCGGCUGGAUGACGUCAGCAGCAACGGCAGCAACAGCAGAACCAUUAGCAGCAGCAGCAGCAGCAGCAGCAGCAGCAGCAGCAGCAGCAUUAGCAGAACGAGCAGCAGUAGCAGCAAUGACAGCAGCAACAAGAGCAGUGACAGCCAUGAGAUCGACUCCAUUCCAGAGCAACAACACAGUUCGACUCACCGGCAGCAACCGCUGCUUGACCCAGAGCAGCAGCAGCAGCAACACACACUUGUACCUCUCUCUCACACCCACAGCCCUCCUACCAGCCCCGCUCACUCUCACCUCCCCUCCACCGAUCUCCCCCAUCUACAGCAGGUGUUGCACUUCCUCUUCCUGCACCUCCCUCCCCCCACCGUCGCCAAGCUGCUGCACUCUGCUGCCUGCCGUGUCUUCCGCACGCCCCUGCCCUCGCUCCUUGUGCACCUCUCUGCAAUGCACUCUAUUAUCGCCCCCCCUCACUCGCUUCUCUUCCGCUACCCCCUCGCCCUCCGCUUCUCCCCUGAAAUACUUAAACAGAGACUUUCCCGAUUGGCUGAAAUUGUGCCGCUGACAGAAGCGCAGGAGGGGGUGGGAGGUGAAAAGGGAAGUGGAGGAGAAGGAGAGGGGAACGCAAAAUGGAGCGUACGGGGAAGGGUGAGGUUUGACUCUGCCUCGCUUCUUCCAGUCCCUCCUCUCGAUCCUUCCCUUUCGUUUGCAGCGGAUCCAGCGGUGCUCUCCCUCGUGCGCAAGCAACCGCACAUCCUCCACGCCAGAAGGGAAACCAUGCAGGAGGUGGUAACCACACUCACCACUCUCUUUGGCCCACAAGGCACCUCCUACGUGCUCUCCCGUCACCCAGCCCUGCUCACUGUGUCCCCUCGCACAAUAGAAGAUGCCAUGUUCGGACUUAUCGACAUUUUUGGAGAGGAAGUUACCUUAGAUAUGAUACAGCGCGAGCCGGGGAUAAUCCAGGUCCGGCACAGUACACUCCGGCCGAAGAUUGAUUUCGUGCUUGGGGAGAUGAUGCGCAGCAAGGAGGACAUGAGGGUGCGGCCGAACGUGCUGCUGCGCAGCCUGCCGCGCAUGCUGGUGCCGCGGUAUUUCCUGGUGACGAGGAAGGACCGCCAUGCCGCCAGGGUGCUGUCUCUGCCGUGCCUCUUCAGCAACUCUGACGCGCGGUUUAGGCGGAGAUGGGAGGUCAGUGAUGCGGACUGGAGCAAGGCACUUAUGGUGGGAGAAGUGUGGGAAGCCAGGAGGAAGGAGGGUGUGUUGGGUGGUGCAAAUCAGAGGUCAUCAGGCAGCACCCCCGGCGAGGGGUUGGUCUCCACCUCCUGGGGGUCUAUUCCCUGCUGUGCCAGCCACUCCACUGCCUCCCACUUGCCCUUCCUCGCUGCGUCGUGCAGUGGGGUCCCUGUGGGAGUGGCACACGGGGGGAGCUGUUAA